AUGAUCCGACGCACCCCUCGUAUUAGUCGCAUGGACUUCCAAAUACUCUGUGGGGCCUACGUCAGACCGCCUCCGGAGUACGCCAACCAAGGUGUCUACUCAAGAUGCACGGAAGAGGUCACCCUCAUUGAGCGUGUCCAGCGAGCUGCCACGAGAAUGGUUACGGGCCUCAAAUCCGUGGACUACGAAACGUGUUUCGCGAUGCUUGAUCUCUUUCCCCUGGAGUACCGUCGCCUCCGAGGGGACCUAAUUCUUAUUUAUGCCCUGUUUGAACAAAGCUUGGCAACUAGGUUUUUUUACCCAAACACCCGGCGGGGACAUAGUAAGAAAAAUUUCAAGCUCAGAGCACACACAUUCAUUAGACAAAAUUUUUCCUCAUUUCGGGUAGUAGCUGCGGUACCGGUUGGUACAUUGAUUUCCCUCAGUACCAAGUCUAAACGGGUCACCCCGUCUUCAUCUUUGCCUUCUGCUCAGAGCGGACUGUCCAAGAAACCAAGGACGGAUUUUUUAGAAGUUGAUGCUUCAGACUUUGUUGUCCGCACGGAGUUUGCCUUGAACUCCGGAAAUCUGACGUUAGCUGAAUCGUUGGUCCUUAGUGCACUUAACCAGUUGCGGACUGCAAGUGGACCGCUAUCGAGCGGUUCCACUGUGCAAACAUCUGGUACUGGAUUUCGCAUUAAUUCCGGAGCAUCCGGAUCUCGGCUGCUGACGACCUUUUCCCUGGGACUACUUGUACUCGCUCAGUCACAUCCCACGCUCUUCUCCCGCGUUGCCGUCCUGGAUCAACUCAUGCUGAUUCUGGCACUCACUCCACGAGAACUGGGAAUCUCGCUACCUCCAUCUGCAGUAGCAACGAUCGCUGCCCGCGUACGUGGGCUCCACGUUUUGGUAGCUAACCUCAUUUACCUGGCACUCGAGGGACAAGUGAAGUGGCCAUCGCACCUGAUCAAGGUGUAUUUAGAAGACAGUCUCACGGAUCGGGUAUGGGUUGAUCAGGACGAAUGUCGUCUGUUUGUGCUCAACAUUGAGACAGCCUUCCCACAAACCUACGGGGAUCCUCGUGGACUGUUCACCAUUCUCGCCAGUCCGGCCAAUGCCGGUAGUUCAGGUCAGGCCGGUCAAGCGUCAAGUGCCGUUCAUGCUGUCCUAGGUCUUUCCACUGUUGGUACGGGCACUUUACCUGUUACGUCAAAGUCGCAAGAUGAGAUUGCUGAUGCUGUCUCAACGGUAGUACGAUCUCAGCCGGUAUCACUUGCAAAGAUUAUUCAUGGAUCAGACCUGGCAUCGUCCGUCACACCACGCUUUGAGUCAUGUCGUCAGGCGGUUGAAGUGAUUAUUGUGAACACUCUUCGUGAUGCACUGAGUCGUCGUGGUGCUAGUGUGACUGUGCAACCUGCUACUUCAACUGCUGGUGCUGCUUUGAUGGGUGGUACUGUCAGCUGUUCCUCAACAGCGACAGCUAUUAGUUCAGGUGCUAGUACAGUUUCUGGAGAAGCCACUCUCUUACGUAGCCUGAUCCGUACAGUCGGCAUGGCUGUCGGACUUUCAGAGAUUCGUGGAAUGGUAACAACGCGACUUGAGCCAUGGCUAACCAAUCCCAAGGUUCAGUUGUUCAGUAUCGGGUUGGCUGCUCUGUUAGCUACCAACUGUCGGCUUGGUGGACUAUCACCACAUGACCUUGAUUUGAUGGUUUCAAUGCUCUUUCGAGUGCGAUACAGAUUGUUUAAACCUAAUAUGCAGCUGGCUUUUCUGGAGUGUUUCUGUCACAUUGUUAAAGCCGCUCCGACGAACCUGUACUGUUUGAUACAUCUCUGCGCUGCUGCUGAACUUCGCCCGAUCCCAUCCACAGAUUCAUUGGGUCAAAAGGGUACGCCAAACCAGUAUUUCACACAGGCAGUGCUCAACAUAGCGGAGAAUGUGCGCACGAUGUCACAAGGGAAUUUAAAUAGGGGAUCAUCAGAGAACACUCCACAGGGCCACCAGCAAUUGAAUUCGGCCACAAUGGCUGCCGUGGCUGCAGGAGCCGCAACGGCAGCGAGUCGAUCAUCCGGUUCCGUCCACUUUAUCUUAUCAUUUCUUCAUCAAAAUUUCGGUUUGCAGUGGGUUCGGGUGAUGGGUAAUCUUCUACAUGAUCGGCUGUUGUCCUCAGCCACAUCGUGCUUCGUGCCUCGUGACCAUUUAUCUCUAUCCAACGACCAGUUGAUCGAUCAGUUGAACAGUGAACUAUCUCCUUUGUACCACUUUCUACGUGAACUCUCUCGCAAUUGGCGCCUUAGUUCUUCAGAAUCUGUGCCGAACCCGAGUCUACCGGCUAUCUUUCAUUCGUCUACUGCACAUUCCUAUUUACCUUGCGCUGAGCUUGCCAAUGUCCUCAUGCAUGAUCGGGCCCAUCGAGGCACUACAACUGCUGCAGCUGCGGCCAACACCAUUGUGACGUCACUGCUGAACUCACCACCAGAUAAGACGUCUUCUGGUGGGCACAUCGCCUCCUUCCAGUUCUACCUUAACGGGCUGGUUUCCUUGAUCGCUGCGCUACAGAUGCUUUCUGCUAGUCGGCCGUACUUAACUAACAACAGCCAGAGCAGCCGACGAGCAAGCAAUUAUAAUGAAGCCAUGAAAGCACACCAAACAACCCUGCGCCAAAUUCGUUUGGGAUUCGUCCGGUGGAUCAAAACGAUUCUACCUCUGAUUAUCAAUGCUGCCGUACAAACAGUAUCUGACGGAAUGAACCCGGAAGGCAGCGGUAACAUGGAUUCAGCUGUGGUCACCUGCUUCACCUUGCUCAAACCAGCCACACUGAUUCGUCGGGCGCUGCUACUCGAAUCAGUGACGCCCGUAACGAAGGCAAAGUCUGACUACGAACUUGCCCCAGAAUAUCCAGUCCGCUCUAUUUGGUUGGGGGAACAGGAGCAAAUCUCUCUUCAAACUCCACUUGUUACCGAUGUGUGUUUGCCCGAGAAAUUAUGUCAUCAGCUCCUCAUACUGGGGCUGGAGCCGACUUGGCAGCUGCUUAGUUCCGUUGACGCAGUAGAGAUGGUAUGCGAGUUGGUUUGGCGGGCUGCCUCCUUAGCUCGUGAUUCCGGUAUGGAUACAAUCAGCGUGGUCAAAGCUGAACAGUUGAUCGAUCUGAUGUACGCAAGCUGUACCUACGUUUGCGAGCAGCAACUCCCUGCGGAACUGGCGGAACUCGCCUACGCUUCGGUCUAUUGGCAUGUCUCCACCACGACAGUUGUCUUGGCGGCGCAUUGUAUACAAACCUGUGGUUUCCAUCUGUGGUCAAACUACCCAACUAUCCGACGACUAAUGGAAAUGGUGAUCACGGGAGAGUUCACCAGCUCCACACGAUCUGUCAGUGCUGCGUGGGAUGCGAGUGUGCGUGAAACCGAGCGCUUGAACGCUGAACUGGAACUACAGUUGAUAAUACGAUUAGAAACAAUGUUGUUAAAUCCUCCGGAUAACGCCGGUAACGCUCCUUUCACACCGGUCGUUGUCACGCCGGACACAUCCAAACUCGUGGGUCGACUAGUGCAUAACAAUCCCCGCGGGCCUUGUCGUCUACCGCCUCCUGAUGUGCUGGAGAAUUUUCAAUUUUUGGCUGGAAAACUUGAACUUAGCCGGCGACUUUGGCGAUGCCGGCACCCAGAUUUUCUGCUCGAAUUACUCCGCAAUCAAUCACUGACCUGUGUUUCUGCGCAACCCUGGCUCAUGCGAUUGGUGGAAUCGAGUGGACCUGAAUUCGAACUGCUUCCCGUUCAGUGUCUUUGUGAAUAUCUGCUGUACGAUACUCUUAGAAAUCUAGAUAUCGUGCAGGAAGAGUUCAUUCCUUUGUUGGUGGAUGAAUCCGGACAUCCAGAUCGAUUCGAGUCAUCAGGGCGCAACACUGUUGGUUCUAACGCCAUUCGCAAUCAGUCUCAGCGUAAUAUGCAGCUUAUUUGCAGACUUCGCGAAGAGAUCCGUACCUUCGCCAACGUGUCUACCUCAGAUGCUCUGGUCCACUGCUUUUUUACUCGCCUCAGUGAUCUACGGUACAGGGUUCGCUGGGCAGUUCGACAAUGUCUUCAUCGGCUUACUGGACCAACGUCUCAGAGUCAAACCUCACAGCCUCAGCAUCCUGUUUGUUCGUGGCUACAGGUCCUCCAGUGUUUGAAGACUCUUCCAGUUUUUCGCAACGAUCUGAAUAUAGAAAUCCCUGGACGUGAUAACUCAGUGGAGGCUUUCCAGCAUUUCCUAUCUGCUAUUUUGGCAUCACUUUUGGUUGAGACUGAUUUAGACAUUGUUACAGCCUACCUAAUCUUCCUCAGUCAACUAACGAAUGACACUGGAUUUAUCUCUUGGCGCCCAGUCAUUACUGGCCUGACCAGUUUCGUCCUCAGACGACCAACCAUUUUAUCCGCGCUGUUGCACCGUCAGUCCAAAAUUACCGUCGAUUCAUCAUCUUCGAUCCUCACAGCUUAUGCCGGGUUUGAGUCCUUGGCGGAUGUGUUUGUUCGGUAUUUAGAAUACAACUGUACGGCAGCUGAAGCUAUUCCUGUUGAUGAGAACAAGAGUGUAUUCGUGACAUGGUCUCCGGAGCGUCAAUGUCCGUUAGAGUUUGACUGUAUUCAAGCCCAGUUGGUCCUUUUGACCCACAUUGACUCCGAAUUACCAGCUGAGAAGUCUUCUGACAUGAAAGAUUUGUUCGAUGAAGAUGUUACAGUGGACCGCGUAUCCACUGCUUCUUGGUUUCGACUUCAAAAUGCUUGGUUUUUACCCGAUCCUGAGAAACCAGGUGCAUAUCGUCUGCCACAACUCUCACCGCUCGUGUUUCCAAUGCCCCUGUACACUGGAACCGACUUAGAUAUCACGACAUGUCACCUUAGUUUUCAAUGCCAGGUGGGUCAUACAGGAUCUCCAGUCCCACAUCUUUCCACAGAACUACGUUGUCGUCUUAUUCAAACCAACCAAGUGCCUCUCGUGUCAGCAGCGCUUCGGUUUGUGGACGAUGACCAACUGCUGGAAGUAACUCGGAUUCUCCCCGUGUUUGUUCUGCAUCCCAGUACGAUGUCUUUACUGGUUGCUGAAAUUCAGAGUCGGCUAGACGAGGCCAGCGGACCACACCGAGAGGAAAUGCUGAAUUAUGUCCAACAACUGGUGACCAUAAGUAAUCGCCAGUCAAAUAAGAUGGACGUUGAUGAAACCCGUGGUUUUUCGACUUCUACUUGUCAAACCGAGCAUACUGAUUUGUUUGGUGUCCGUCCAACACUUGCUGCCGAUCCGGAUAUCCUCUCAACUAUGAAGUUCCCUGCAGGUCGUUGCUGGUCUCAUCUUAUAUCGGCGUUAGAACUGCUGGAAGAUUCACAACAGUUCACGCUUCUUUGCCAGCUCAUGGUCACUAUUUCCACUGAAUCAAAUACUCGUGAGAUUUGGCUUGAAAAUCUCUACCAGGUAAAUGAGAAUCUUCGGUUUUUCCACGCCCUUGCUUCCGAUCCGGAUUUGAUCGACAUUAUUCGUCCUUUGGUUACCCUCUGCAUCACUGCUGAACCAGAACCCAAAUCUCUAGGUAUGAAAAUUGCGCACAAUCUGGAGGAGCUACUGGACCCUACAAAGCUCACAGUCGACUUGCGGCAAGUGUUAUCACGGAUGUUCCAAAGCUUCCGAUCAGCCGGUUCCCUUCCAGAUACCCCCACGAAAUCCCUUUCGCCUCCUGUGUUAACUUGUGGUGGGGUUACCACCAAGCCCUCGGCAGAUUGUUUACGGAUUCUGUUCUCCGAAGCGUCUACCGUGGAUUCCGUUUGCCUCUUCGGCUUGUCCGAGUUACCAGCUGUCUCAACCGCUUCUGACUCGUCACUUCAACAAGAAAUAGCACAUGUGCCAGUUCACGUGGAACAAUUUGUUUUCAAAUCUCUUCCUGGACUGGUAGAGCAGCAUAAUCUCAACUGUGGGGACUAUGUGUUAACGGAACUGCUCAACCAGGCCAACCCGGAUCUUCUGCGGCAAUGCUUUUAUCGCCUGUUGCAACACGAAGAUAUUAAUUCUGCCAAUUCAACACGGUUGUUGAAUUUCAUCCAGGCUGCACUCACUUUGCCACGGGUCUCAUUCUCCGUCCCACGCUCAGAAGCACGGGGUCGUCCCGAUACGGCCACUGCCUUGGCUGAAUUGGCCCAGCUUACUUGGUCUGAAGCGCUGUGCCUGGUGUCCCAUGUACUAAAUGAGUGUAGAAAUCUCUGUGAAACCACAGUUCAUGAGCUCGAUCUUUUGCUGUCAAAAAGGACCCCUUUAUUGGAUUUGGCAAUCACUCGAUGGUCCAAAGAAUGUUUUCUCUACCUGGAAUACAACGCCGACUUUCUCACUAUUGAGGACAUUCAAAACCAACUACCAUAUCUCCAACCGGAAUCCAUUCAUCUGUUCUCCAAACUAAAGGAUGGAAAUGCGCACAUAGGACAAAGUCUGGUGCGGAUAAGCCAACGUCUUAUGCUUUACCUUUACAUGCGUUGGCCGGGUUCUAUCCAGCAAUUAACUUCAGCUGGUGCCAGACGUUUGGUCUCGUUUCCUGCUACGGAAGUGACUUCUGAUUCCGAUCGGCUUCUGAAUAGACCAGAGAUCGAUCGCCUUGGACCCUUGAUCCUGGUGGGAAUGACGUCCACAAACUCCCAAGUUCGUGAGACCGCCCGGUUGGCUAGCAAAUCACUCGUAAUCUAUCACCCGCGUGCCUUCCUUUCUCUGCUGCCUAUUCUAUCCACGCUCAGCGACGGACUUGUGGAAAGAAAUCGAACGCAGUUCUCAUCCAAGGGAUCGCACUUACUUUUCAGCAGUAUUUUACAUCUUUUAGAGUUACUGGCCACCACCACUGCGGUGGGUGAGACGUCUGACCCGGAGCUCCUGACUAACAGAAAUGCCAACUUUAGCAGCAUCGACCGUGUGUUUGUCAACCUCAUUGGUGUCCUGACGCGAUCUCAUGGGACGAGUCGGAAAUCUGGUAGCCUUGCUGUCAGAUUGAUUCGGUUGUUGCAACACUAUGGAAGAUUAGCCCCGUGGAUUCGAAAACUUCCCAGACCGGAUAGUGGUCGGCCCACCGAACAGUCGGGAUUCCGCGUUGCACUUGACUUCCUUGGCCCCAGGGUAGAAGAUGCUGGUUGCCUGUUGGACAUAUUGGGUUGUCAACCAUUUGUUCAUGGGUCGAAGCUAUCGGGAUCUUCCCCAGACCAUUUUUCCAAGGAGCGCUGGGCGCUUGAUACCAUGUUAUGUAGCAUCCAUCCUGAUAUCCCACAACUACUGGAAGACCUGGACGAUGCUUCAAAGCGGUGUACUGAAGUUUUACUUCAAUACAAGUUGGAGCUCACGCGUCUGCUCUCUCAUUCCAAUGAGAAUGUCUCUACAACUGCCGUGAAGUUACUCCUGCGGUUGCUCAGUCACUAUCCGCACUUGUCGGCGGAGAUUGUCCAGUCCUUUUUUAUGCCCCUUUUAUCCAACAAAAUUAACCCCAGUGACUCACUCAUCUCUACAUUGUUGCCUGCACUUCCGGACCUCUGCAUUCUUGCUGCUCCGUUCGCUCCAAAAUUAAUGCAUGUCUACGCAGAACGAAUACUGUUUGGUUCAGUGACUGACAGCACUCUUCGCAGUAUCAGCACUGUAGAAGACUGCGUGCGCCGACUUACUCUUGACGGUUUGGACGAUGCUGGAAUUGAACACGCUGCCUCGGCCUUGAUUUCUCGGAGUCACCUGAUCCGUGGAAACUAAAUGGACCUAUCUCUUCCUUAAUUCAUCAGCGAAACCCCGCUUCAGUAGAUCAUUUUCCUACAAGCCUGGUUGUAUAUGGUUUUGUAAAUAUAAUGGCCUUCCAUGUGACGAUCACUGUAAUAAACUCUUC